AUGCCUUACGUUUUGUCUCUUACAGAUGAUUUCGAUAUGGCCUUGUUGCAGAAGUCUCUCAAGCAGCGACAACGCCAUGCCGUUCGAAACAGCGGACACGUUGCAAAGCUGACACCUGCCGAAAUCCGGUCUCUCAACCACAACGCCCUCGCCUCAGCAACUGGUAGUCAGUCUAGUGCAAGAGGGUCGAUGCACUCGACCUCAAGGCGCUCAACUAAUGCAACGCCACCCACCACACCGGAGGAUCAUUCUCCUAUAAACCAGGCACAAAAGCACCGCGACUCGAUUUCUCGAAGGUCGACGGUAGACGUCCCAACACCACCUCAUACUCCAAGCGGCCAUCGAAGACUGUCACAAUCCAGCACCCGUAGCCACAGUCAUACCCCGAUCCAAGGUCAUGCUCACGGCCACAUUUAUGCUCCUAGACCUCGAAGUCAUGGUCAUGCCGCGUUCAUGGCUGCAAAUGGGCUAUCCUCGCGGCCAUCGAGCUCAGGUUCUGGAUCUUCGAUGUAUCGUGGGCUUCCCACCUACCGCGGUCCCGAAGUUACUCACCUUGGGUCAAUGAACAUGCUUCAACGACCAGCCGCCGAUAUUGUGUCAAAUCCUCUUUCCUAUUUCUCCAGACCUCGCCAAAGCACCAUUAGUACCUCACCGGAUCGCCCUCGACCUCCCCAGGAAAUGCCAGGCAAUCAAGCUCAGAGUCUCCGCAACAAUUCCAUUUCCAACGUCAGUGCGAUAUCUUCCCGACCUGACAGUCCGCCCAGAACAACAGAUUCCCCUGUGUCGAUGAUGGUCAACGAUACCGAGCAAUUUCCAUCCCUGGACCCUGCUGACGAUCCACAUAACCAGCCCAAAAUUCAAAGUGACGACGAGCAACUUGCCGAUACUGUUCAACGACAAACUGAGCAACCGGCCAGUGAGUUACCAGCUCAAUCAGUUACGGAGUCACCACCAGCGGUCGAAAGAGCUCCGGAAACUCCUAAAAAGGAGCCGAAAAAGCGGUUCACUCUCAAUGGUGCCCUUUUUGGUGGUGACAAAUCUCACACCGACAGUCCGGAGAGCGUGGGCAAAUUGAAAAAGCUUCGGAAACGUACUUUAUCUUUGGGCGGCAAGAGCCCUGACAAAGAAAAGUUUCAAGCCCGAGAAGCCCCGACAGAAGACCAAACACCCGUGGUCACUUCUCCUACCCAGGUCGAUGGAGCAACAAUAGAAGAUGACAACAUGACAGCACAUCCUGUGGUAGGCCCGCUCUCUGUCACAAUCCCCAGCGAGUGGAAGGGAAAGCAAAAGGAAAUCUAUUCUGCCCCAGUCUAUGCCAGAUGCGCUUGCUGCGGGAAAUUGAAGAGACCAUCGGGUUAUGGCAGCGAGCUGAGCCCAGUGUUGGAAAAUGAAAACUUGCGCACGAAGUUCAGUUUCGAGAUGGAGAGAACGCCCGAGAGCUCGAAAAGAAAGAGCUCGGAUAGCAUUGGGGGAAAAUAUACACCUAUCAUUCCGAUAGGGGCUGGUGAAGACGACACCCGACAAGCUACCAUCGAACCGCCCACUACACCUACAAACACUGUGCAGUCGCCAAGAGAGAAGGCCAUGUCAAGUCCAAGAAGAGCGAAGCGUCUCUCAGAUCCUCCCAAGUUUGUCCGCUUCGCCAGUCUGCAUGGUCGACGCAACGACACCUCUGUCAUCGAUGAAGAAGAAGAGACCGAAAUCAUGGAGAGUGCUCCUUUGAUGAGCGACGGUGACAAUCUAGGCAACGAGGUCAUAGUCAAUGACCUGGUCAUGCACGAUGAUGCUCUGACGAAUCGACCCAUAAUCACGGAUGCUGUGGAUGUUAUUCCGGCGCAGACUGCAGAAGUUGAACAGAGACCGGUUAUUCUUACCACAGCGGAAAUCUCCCACCGUGAUUCACAUGCAGGGUCGGACUCGGAUAUUUUCUUUACUCCAGCCCGAGGCACAACUCCAGUGUCUGACAGCGUCAAAUUCAAGAAAGAAAAAGAGAAGGACAAAGAGCCGAAUCCAACAGAAGAAGGAAACAUACUCUUGUCCUUGCCACAGCCUUCACUGGGGCCGAACUUUGCACGUAAUAGCGAGGUUCUCAAGAAUUAUGUUCUUGCCCGUUCGACAAGUCUGGUCUUUUCCGACGCUGGUGAGAAGACCGAUCUCGGUGCAGACGAGCCCAAUACGCUGCCAGCUGGGAAGGGUCAUCUGCAACCUACCAUGGAGGGCGUUCACAAACUCGACACUGCAAAUUCAAAUGAUCAGAAGUGGGCUGCUGAGAUCAUGGCGGUCUGA